AUGGAAUUCGACACCAAGACUCCUCUCUAUUCUACGAGUGAUAAGUCGUCUUUUGCGUAUGUUUCUGCGAGGGAUAGGUGGCCUGUUAUUUUGACUGGUGCAAUCGAUGAUGUACACAGAGCAGUAUCUGAAUCGACAGGUAGCAAACAUGAGGAAGGGAAACGUAUAGUCGAAACUCUUGCGAAGCUAAAAUACGAGCUUCAACAUGAUAGGAAGUUAACUCCUCUUCUUGAUGAUGGUCAACCAGAUAUUGAGGGUUAUAAUAAGGAAUUGGAACAACUGGGUUAUCCAUCAUGGUUUAAUGUUCCAUGGUUAUUUGCAGAAUGUUAUCUCUAUAGACGCAUAGCAACCUCCUUUUCCUUAUCCAAAGAAUGGAAAUCCCAUGAUGUAUUUGCUCGUCAAAAGAUGUCAACAUUUCGUUCCUCCCGUCCCGCUGUUCUCGAACUCGCAAAUCGCUAUCACGAACUUAUAACCCAAAUGUCAAAUGACAAGAGUCAAGAUGAGGAGGCGGAAAAGAUACUCUUCAUGGAAAUGUGCGAAAUUUGCUUAUGGGGAAAUGCAACCGAUCUCUCACUUUUAACAUCCCUUACCUAUGAAGAUAUUCAAAAAUUACAAGGUUCUGAAGCACGAAAGAAUUCGGAAAAGAAUAUCCUCAUCAAUGAUUUGGGUAAAGUUUAUGAUGUUCUUAAGGCGGCUAAGAAUGAAGGAAGAAAUCGUCAAGUCGAUAUCGUACUUGACAAUGCUGGAUUCGAACUCUAUGUGGAUUUAAUCUUGGCCGGAUUUUUACUCAGCGCAGGUCUUGCCACAAAUGUCGUCUUACAUGCUAAAGCCAUUCCAUGGUUUGUGUCCGACGUUGUACCAAAAGACUUUUCGGAUUUAUUAAAUGCAUUAAAUAAUGCUCAAUCCUUUUAUUCUACACCAUCUGAAGAUGAACAGAGAGAUGGAAAAACACCAGAACCACUUUCCAAAAAGGAAGAAGAAGAAUUAGAUUUCUUGUUUAACACUUGGAGCGAAUUUCAUUCAGAAGGUCAAUUAACAUUAAGAGCUAAUAGAUUUUGGACUGAAGGAGGUAGUUAUUGGAGAUUGCCUGGUACGGCACCUAGAUUAUAUGAAGAUCUUAAGGAAAGCGAAUUGGUUAUUUUCAAGGGGGAUUUGAAUUAUCGAAAAUUAACGGCUGAUGCUAUAUGGGAUCCUUCAACACCAUUUACGAAAGCCAUUGGACCAUUAGGACCAGAGUCUGGUGUUAAUGUAUUGGCGUUGAGAACUUGUAAGGCGGAUGUGGUGGUUGGAUUGGAGGAGGGAAUAGAUGAGAAGUUGAGGGGAAUGGAGGGAGGUGGCGGGGAUAGUGGGGAGAGGAGGUGGGCAUGGAGUGGGAAAUGGGCUGUGGUUAGUUUUUCGGGUGGAAAGUAA